UGAAGGGACAGGACACGUCCCAGCCUACAUUUGGCCAUCAUCAUUUUUCAUAACGACGAGAAGAGUGCAAGUUUUUUUUAUUUUGGCGUGGAUUUAAACAUGGCAAAAGGAGCAGCAGGCUUACCCAAGUGGGAGAGGACCGCGCGCGUCUUUUUGUGCGUUUUCGGGUUGAUUUUGUCCGUGUACGCGCUUCACGUCGAACUGUCCCGGGAGCACGACCCCGACUACAGAGCGAUGUGCGACCUGGCGGAGUCUGUCAGCUGCUCCAAAGUGUUCACAUCCAGGUGGGGACGUGGUUUUGGAUUGGUCCAGUUCUUCGUUGCCCAAGAUAGCCCGUUGAACCAGCCCAACAGUGUCCUUGGAAUCGUAUUUUACACUCUCCAGUUCGGCCUGGGUCUUUCCCUGUCCAAAAACGCGGCCCGGUUCUUGGUGGCGGCGUCCUGGGUGUCGAUGGCCGGCUCCGUCUACCUGGCCUCCAUUCUGGCCUUCGUGCUGGGGGACUUCUGCAUGGUCUGCGUGUCGACGUACGUCGUCAACUUCGGUCUGCUCUGCACCAACCUCAAGCGACGGAGCGCCAUCGAGGCGAUGAAGGAGAAGGCGGGAUAAUAAUUGGUACAUUUGACGCCUUCCUCCAUCUUGGACCGAAGUAACGUGCGGUAAUACUACGUUGUUGACGCCUGCUGAGACUUUUCACCCCCUAAAAAAAUGGCCUCCGUCUCACUUUUUCAGUCUGGAGUCAGCUAUUUUUUCAAAUAUAUUAUUAUACAGU